UGAAGCCUGCAGACGCUGACUCUGUCUCGGACCACACUGCGUAUCACUCACAGGGUGACCAUCGGCGCUCUCUGGAGGUCAAAAAUGGUGAAAAUUACCACAGUCAAGACCAAGCCGUACACGGACCAGAAGCCCGGGACAAGCGGUCUGAGGAAGCGGGUGACGGUGUUCCAGCAGAACCAGCACUAUGCGGAAAACUUCAUCCAGAGUAUCAUCUCUGUCGUCGAGCCUGCUGAGCGCCAGGCGGCCACUCUGGUGGUGGGAGGAGAUGGACGGUUUUUCAUGAAAGACGCCAUUCAGCUGAUCGUUCAGAUUGCUGCAGCCAACGGGAUUAGUCAUCUUGUGAUUGGUCAGAAUGGCAUCAUGUCCACCCCAGCCGUCUCCUGUGUGAUCCGUAAGAUAAAAGCAGUGGGUGGGAUCAUCCUCACAGCCAGCCACAACCCAGGAGGUCCCAGCGGAGACUUUGGCAUCAAGUAUAAUAUCUCCAGUGGAGGACCUGCUCCUGAAGGUAUCACCAAUAAGAUCUUUGAGGUCAGCAAAGCUCUGCAGGAGUAUCACAUCUGCCCGGAGCUCAAGGUGGAUCUGUCUACGAUUGGCAAGCAGACCUUUGAAGUGGACACCUUUAAGCCCUUCAUAGUGGAGAUCGUUGACUCGGUGGAUGCCUAUGCCGAGAUGCUCCGGGGAAUCUUUGACUUUGCCGCUUUGAAGGACCUUCUCUCUGGAGCCAAUCACAUUAACGUCCGACUGGAUGCCAUGCACGGAGUGGUCGGCCCUUAUGUCAAGAAGAUAGUUUGCGAAGAGCUGGGUUCUCCAGCCAACUCGGCUGUCAACUGUGUCCCCCAGGAGGACUUUGGUGGCCACCACCCUGACCCCAACUUGACCUACGCUGCUGACCUGGUCAACACCAUGAAGAGUGGAGAGUUUGACUUUGGAGCCGCCUUCGAUGGUGAUGGUGACCGUAACAUGGUGCUCGGUAAACACGGCUUCUUCGUGAACCCUUCUGAUUCUGUAGCUGUGAUCGCCGCCAACAUUACGAGCAUCCCUUACUUCAAAAAGACCGGGGUCAAAGGUCUGGCUCGCAGCAUGCCCACCAGCGGAGCCCUGGACAGAGUGGCCAAAGCGCUGCAGAUGCAGCUGUACGAGACUCCAACCGGCUGGAAGUUCUUUGGGAAUUUGAUGGACGCCGGUAAACUCUCACUGUGUGGAGAGGAAAGCUUUGGCACAGGCUCGGAUCACAUCCGCGAGAAGGACGGGCUUUGGGCCGUGCUCGCGUGGCUUUCCAUCCUAGCCACCAGGAAACAGAGUGUGGAGGAGAUCAUGAAGGAUCACUGGCAGAAAUUCGGCAGGAACUUCUUCACCAGGUACGACUACGAGGAGGUCAACUCAGACGCUGCUAACAAGAUGAUCAAAGAUCUGGAGACCCAAAUGUUCGAGCCAUCCUUCGUCGGAAAGCAGUUCUCAUCGAGCGAUAAGACGUACGCGGUUUCUGUUGCUGAUAACUUUGCCUACACAGACCCAGUGGAUGGAAGUGUGUCCAAAAACCAGGGCCUCCGGAUCAUCUUCUCCGACGGUUCCAGGAUCAUUUUCCGCCUCAGCGGCACAGGCAGUGCGGGAGCGACGAUCAGGCUCUACAUAGACAGCUAUGAGAACGAUCCCCAGAAAAUUUACCAGGAUCCACAGGUGAUGCUGGCUCCUCUAGUAGACAUCGCCCUAAAAGUCUCCCAGCUCCAUGAAAGGACUGGACGCUCCGGCCCCACUGUGAUCACAUGAUUCAGCAACGAGAUACCUCCGCUCCCUUUGGAGUAAAGCUGCACCUGAAUGCUGUCUUAGCUAGAUUAAAUGGUUAAUAAGGGAAGCUCAACUUACAGGUUAAAUAGCAGACGACGCACGAGGAGCCCUUCGUUUUGCUGAGUGACUCACUGCCUUUUUUUUUCUGAUGUGAUGUACGUUAGAAUAAACAAAAACACACCAUCACAUGUUCAGAUUUGCAGAAAACUGUUUAAAGCAGAACAUUUCCUUCAUUCAGGAAGAGCUAAAGUGCACUUGAACGUGCCUCGUGUGAUUUCCUGGAAGUGUUUAUGUCCUGCUCAACUAUCCAGAGCAGUUUGGGGCAGCCUUACCCCAUCUCCUCCUCUUCCCCUUGUGAUGAAGAUGAUAGCGAUGAUGAUGUUGGGCUUUCCCCUUUAUGUGUUCAUCCGACCUAUUAACGUAGCCCCGAGCCGCAGCUGUAGUAUUAAGAAUUAAUAAGCCAACUAUGAAUAAAAGAGCCCCAUGUGUAAA